AUGAGAGAUCGGGCCGUCAUCAACAUCGAAAAUUACACCGUACACUCCGGCGAUGCUGAUGAAAGGAAAGUAGGAGGCUGCGCAAUAGCUGUUAGGAACGAUUAUAACAGCCUAGUGGAGGAGUUUGGAUCAACGUCGUCAAGAUGUGCUUUUGUACGAUUGCGGGAUCGCAGAAGACUCAAACUCUGGAUUGUAAGUGCUCACCCACCUACGGAGACCACAGACGACCACAACAAGCACGCGUUCUAUGAUGAACUGAAUAUCCAAGAUACCAAGCCAGCAGCCGGUAGUUGUCGAAAGUGA